AUUCUAUUGAUCGGAUCAGAUCUCUGGUCAUAACAUGGUUGCUUUGGGGGUACUCACUGUCCAACGUCCAAUAUCUCCUUCUAACACCUUCCCAUUCGCCUUGACCCUCCUCAGCCAGUCGGGACAUGUCAACAUCAAUCACUUUCCACUCGACAUCAAGCCCAGCAUCGGCAAGAUGAAGCUCUGAGACCUUGGUAUAGACGUCGUAGCAAAUCAUCCGAUCCGCGCCAAGGCCGUUGAAGAAACCAAAGAUGCCAUUGCUGUCCAGCAGGCCGGGGAUAAGUUCAGUAAAAAACAUGCGUAGUUGCGAAUAAUCUUCACCAAAUGUGUCGAAGUAAAUGGCAUCGUACACAUUGCCUUCUUGCAAAAGCUUGACGCACACCUCUUGCCACUUUCCUUGGUGAAUCUUGUAGGCGCCAGGCUCAGGGGCGCUUGCCUCCCAGCUUGGGCCAAACUUGGAGUCGGGGCUAGAAAUGUGUUCAAGGACUCCGGGAUGGGCCUCAACAAUGUGAUGCUUUGCUGGCUUAGUCUCAGCGAACAUUGUGUCAAUGAUGCCCAUACCAAAGCCGAUAUUGAGGAUCCUCUUCCCUGGUUCCUUGCUCGGCAGCAGAGCAUCAACGCUCUGGCGCAUGAUAUCUGUUUCCCAGGCCAUCAUCACUCCAUUACCCUCGUCGUCUACCAACUUCCCGUCAGAGUAUGUCAGCUUCGACCUCAGAUAUUGCUCCGAGUUGACAUCGACCGCGUCGUCUUGUGGUGGGACAAAUCCUUGUGACGCUUCCUCCGCAGCUCCGUUUGUUGGUACAUUGAUCAGUUCAGGGGCCUCCUCUCCAUCCUCACCCACAACCACCAUCUCCGACUCGCCAGCCUCCUGAUGAGCAUCCUCCUCGUCCUCUUCCUCGUCGUCACUUUCCAGCUCCUCGUACCCCUCCAGCACCCCGAAAAGCAUCUCAGCUCUUACACCAGCGUCAACACAGAGGUUGUACAGCUCAGUCCGGCCUAGACGAUGGGCGACGCAACCAGGAGUCUCAUUGCGAUCGUCGACAUCGUUCCAGAUGCCUCCCCAAAGCAAGAGCUCUUGAACUGUCUCUCUCGCAGCCGCCAAAUCGGCCUCAUCGUCGUCUUCGGAAGGGGGACCGCACGAUCGGAUGGCGGCGUGCAGCGGCGUCUCCCCGGUCAGGGGGUCUUGGCCCCUGGCGGCCUCGGGGGUGUCGAGGAGCUUUUUCACAGUUGCAACAUCGUGCGCCCAAGCCGCGGUAAGAACUUUUUGUAUCUCGGGUGGGCAGGCCUCAGAGAUGCGGGCCGAGAUGGCAUCCCGCUCGGAGUCGAGGAGGAUCAUGAUGGUCUAACUGAACUGGCCGUCGCUUGGUAGUCGUUCAGUCAGGAAACGAAACCAAUCUCUUGCUGCGAUCAGGUUCUGGUUUGGAAGUCGACUUCGUACUUUGUGGCACUAUCCAGGCCUAGGACAGCCUGUGCGAUUUAGCGGUUGCCCCUCCCCCUCAUCGACAAUUUUUUGCGGGUCUGUGGCUGUUAUCGUUAUCUUUUAUCGCGACAGGUGGGACAGGUACAGGGGCUUGCACUUAGGACUCGGGGUCAUUCUGAUGGAAUUUGGCCGUUCUACAAAGUUCAGGUUGAUUGGCACCUCAAGGACUUUACACAGUAGGUAUCAAGAUAAAUGAUAGCCCUUAAUCCCUUUUCAUUCUUGAGAACGAAAGCCACCUGUUGAACGUUGAAGACGGCAAAGGGCCCAGGCCCAACCUAGCGUUGUUCUUCACCAAAACGUCAUUCCGAUGCAAGCUCAGGACGAGCUAAGAUCCACCGAAUCCCGGUCGGGCGCCAAGAGAAAGCCAAGUCGAGCCAUUCGCCAAUGGCAACCAAUGUUGGUGAAACGUGUGUCGGUGAUGGCACAAGUUGCUGUGCCUGGGCCAUCGUGGCUUCCGCUGGUUACAGAAGCCCCUGUUGGUCUGGCACCACUUGCUGCGCCAGCCUCUGGACUGGCUUUUCUGCUUCUUUGUGUUUUCAUCUCUUCAAAGUUUGAAUAGCUUCACCACGAGAAAGAGACGAAACAAAAACACUCCAGGUCCCGAGCCAAACAGCCCACUGCGCUUAGCUGGGCUCCUGAUCCGCAACAGUGGAGCUCGCAUCCCAGGAUACCGCUGAGAGAAGAGAGAAACCUUGCGUUGCACUUCAGUUUCGGUGGCAACUGGCAACUCUACAGCAACUGUUGCUUGGCUACUGUUAAUUAUAUGGGCAGCCGUUAGAACCUGCCCCGCCGGUCCAUGCUGAUUAUCCACGAUCUCAAGACUCGACAAAUCACUAAACAAUACGCCCGAAACCGCAAGCUCAGCAAAUCCAAUUGCCGCGUCCGUCCCGGCGUUGUCGUCAUGAAGUUCGGCGAACAGCUCCGAUCGAGCGCCAUCCGCGAAUACCAAUGGUACUACAUCGAUUAUGACGGGCUCAAGGCCGACCUCAAGCAUCCCUCUGGCUCUGUGCAGCCCGUCGGUGACAACAGCACAAAGCCCAGCAACAGGCAGCAAUCGCGCCGCGAAUGGACAGAAGACGAUGAAAGCCGCUUCAUCAGCAAGCUCGAGGCCGAGCUCGAAAAAGUGCACACAAAACAGCAGGUCAAGGCGAUGGAGAUCUCGCGUCGUAUCGCCGUCAGCGAGCGCGAGGUCCGCGAUGUGGUUAACCGCCUCAACGAGCGCGGAUUGAGCCAAGAUGGGCCCAGCGAGGAGGAGUUCAUGCUUCUCGAGGAGGACCUGAGCGACAUCAUUGCCGACGUCCACGAUCUCGCCAAGUUCGUGCAGCUCAAUUACACGGGAUUCUACAAGAUCAUCAAGAAGCAUGACAAAAUGACUGGAUGGCACCUCAAGCCCGUCUUCGAAACCCGCCUCAAGGCGAAACCAUUCUACAAAGAAAACUAUGAUGCCUCGGUUGUCGAGUUGUCCAAGCUGUACGACUUGGUUCGAACAAGAGGAAACCCCGUAAAGGGUGACAGCGCAGCCGGCGGAAGCCAGGCCAGUUUCAUUCGCAACACGACCAAAUACUGGGUGCACCCCGACAAUGUCACAGAACUCAAAUUGAUCAUUCUAAAGCACUUGCCUGUUCUUGUUUUCAAUGCCAGCAAAGAGUUCGAAGCCGCCGAUUCAGCCAUCACAUCCAUCUACUAUGACAACCCCGACACGUGGGAGCUAUACGAGGGUCGUCUGAAGAAGACAGAAGGAGCCGAGGCGAUUCGAUUACGUUGGUAUGGCGGUAUGCAGAACGAGACCAUCUUCGUUGAGCGCAAAACACACAGAGAAGACUGGACGGGUGAAAAAUCAGUCAAGGCCCGUUUCGCCAUCAAAGAGAAGAAUGUCAAUGCCUACAUGCGUGGCGAGCUGCUCCCUGCCGCUAUUUUCGAAAAGGCUCGCAAGGAAGGCAAGAAGUCGGAAAAGGCCAUUGCCGAAGACGAAAGAUUAGCCAAGGAGAUACAGUGGUCGGUCCUGAAGAAGGGCUACAAGCCAGUCUGCCGAUCCUUCUACCACCGUACCGCCUUCCAGCUGCCUGCCGACGCCCGAGUCCGUAUCUCGCUUGAUACCGAGCUUACCAUGAUCAGAGAGGACAACUUGGAUGGUGUCACGCGCUCCGGUGAUAACUGGAGACGCAUGGACAUUGGUAUUGACUACCCAUUUUCACAGCUCCCACCCGGAGAUAUCGUGCGGUUUCCCUAUGCAGUCCUCGAGGUCAAGCUUCAAACACAGCACGGCCAAGAACCCCCCGAUUGGGUACGACAGCUGAUUUCCAGCCACUUGGUCGAAGCCGUACCCAAGUUCUCCAAGUUUAUCCACGGCACUGCCACCCUGUUCCCUGACAGGAUACACCUGCUGCCAUACUGGAUGCCCCAGAUGGAUGUCGACAUUCGGAAGCCAGCAAGCCAUGACUUUGGCAUCAAAAGAACAGAGCACUCGGCCACGACAUCGACGUCAGAUGACGAGGACGAGGAGGACUCUGAUGACGAGGGUGGAGUAUUGGGAGCCCAAAACGGGGAAUCUAUCAGACAGGGUGCUGCCGCUCGGAACGGCAGGGCCCUUCUGGCAGCAUCUGAUGUGGAAGACCAAACUGUCGACCGUCCUACCAAUGAUGACGUCUAUCUUUAUGACUCCGAUGACGAGGAUGAUGAAGACAGACUAGCGGAGGCGAGAAGGGUUGGUGGGUGGACAUAUUACCAGACUCUGGCUUCCACCACAGCACACACUGUCGGCCAUGCAGUGUGGACUGGUCUGAAAGCUAUUGUCCCACGCCCUCGGGCAACUACCGUACCUCGCAACGCAAGACUGGAGUCGCUUUUGGGUACCGGCGAGAUUCAACAAAAGAGAUUCAAGGCGCCCAAGGGGAAGAAGAUCUAUGUGCCCGUUCGCGUAGAACCCAAGGUGUACUUUGCGGCCGAGAGAACGUUCCUGGGUUGGCUUGAAUACUCGAUUUACAUUGGCACCAUCGCCGUGACCUUGCUCAACUUCAGUACCAAGCGCGGCGACAAGGCCUCAUUCAUCGCUGCCGGUGCCUUUACGUUCCUGGCAGUAAUGUCGCUCUGCUACGCCGUGGUCACCUAUCUCUAUCGCAGCAAAGCCAUCCGUACCCGCCAGGCGGCGAAAUACUACGACAAGGUGGGGCCUACGGUGCUAUGCGCUGCUUUGUUUGUUGCGGUUGCGUUGAAUUUCGGAUACGAAGGGACAAGUAGGUCAAUGUGGUGA